UCCGCAGGAACAGCUAAGCAGAAAAUUAUAUAUCCAGAAAUACAUAUCUUUCAAACUUUAAGUAUUUCCAUCUCAUCAUCCGCAUAGAGAGAAAGCAGAGGAAACAGAGGAGGUCUCUCUCUAUUCUUCAUCAUAUAGAUGGCACAGCAGAAAAUUGUUCUGAAGAUUCUGGCUAUGAAUGAUGAGAAAACAAAGCAGAAAGCCAUAGAAGCUGUUGCUGAUAUCUAUGGGGUUGAUUCAAUAGCUGCUGAUCUUAAGGACCAGAAGAUGACUGUGAUAGGUGAGAUGGACACUGUAGCAAUUGCAAAGAAACUGAAGAAAAUAGGAAAGAUUGAUAUAAUAUCAGUUGGGCCAGCGAAGGAAGAGAAGAAGGGGGAGAAGAAAGAAGAGAAGAAAGACGAGAAGAAAGAUGUGAAGAAAUGAAGAACUUGUAAAAAUCUCUCAAAAUUUAAGACUUAUUGUAGGUAUCAGAAUAGUACUAUGUAAUUUUAUCAUGAGUUAUGCUGCCCUCUUCCCAUCAAUUGAUAAAUUUGUAUAAAA